GCUUAGCAGCUCUCAGACUGUUUUAAUGGCGAAAAGGAUCUUGGCUGCCCUCCAUCACCACCUCCUCCGCACUAACCAUGUUCAUCCUUCUCUCGGUGUUUCAUGUAGUCGAAUUUUUUCUACAACCACAGUGACACCAAAUUCAAGUAAUGGUGAAAUCCCAUCUGAUUUACUCAUGGCCAAGAAAACUAUGUCGAUCCCAGAUCGUACUCAAGGAGUGUACCAGGAUCUGGUAAUCCCUGUGACAAAUUUUCAUUAUGAAGAUAAGGGACUUCUGGCAUUAGCUGGGGAUGUCUUUGAUGUACCAAUUAGGAAAGAUAUUGUUCAUAGAGUUGUGAGAUGGCAGCUUGCCAAGCGUCAACAGGGAACCCAUUCCACUAAAACAAUCAGUGAGGUUAGUGGGACUGGGAGAAAGCCACAUCCGCAGAAGGGUACUGGUCGAGCAAGGCAGGGAUCGUUACGUAGUCCUCAUAUGAGAGGAGGUUCUACCAUGCAUGGUCCUAAGCCACGGAGUCAUGCCUUUAAACUAAACAAAAAGGUUCGGCGUUUGGGAUUGAAGAUUGCAUUAUCUGCACGUGCUGCGGAAGGGAAGCUUGUGAUUUUUGAUGAUCUGUCGGUCCCUACUCACAAGACCAAAAACAUUGUUAAUUGGGUCAACGGGCUGGAUGAUUCGAAGAAGUUGCUGCUGGUUGAUGAUGGUGCUAUUAAUGAAAAGUUGAAGUUGGCUACACAGAACAUACAUUAUGUUAAUGUGUUGCCUACAAUUGGUUUGAAUGUCUAUAGCAUCUUGCAGCACGACACUUUGGUGAUGUCCCGUGCUGCUGUGAACCGGAUAGUUGAGAGGAUGCACACCCCAAUCAAUCGAUGAGGAUAUGAUGAUGAGGUGAUAUUCUACGCAGAGUUACCUUCACAUGUUCGUAGUCAUAUCUUUUUCAUGAGGCUUCAAACAUCAGACAAUUUUGCAGCUGGGAAUGGGAUGUAUUUUCAUAUUUCAAGUUCCUCAACCUUCUCUUAGCCUAGAACGAAAUAUACUUGUAGUUUUGGAAGUGCCAACCAACCUGAUUGAUCUGCAAACAUGUAUUACUUGGCACACUGUGUGGCUAUUUAUUAAAACUGUAAAUCGUCUUAGUUCACUAGACCCUGUCCCUGGUCGAUUAAUGUGAGCUUGAUACUUCAAUAAGGAACAAUAUCUUUUGAUUGUGAAUUCAAAGCCUGUAUUAUGAUGUUGGUGAAAUCGAUUUCUACGUUUUCAUGAUUUAAA